AUGGGGUUGAAAACUGAAGAGCCAGAUGCUCAGUGUCCCUCCAGUCGACGCCAAAGCAGUCAGCCCCCCUCCAAAGAGAUGUCCUUUGCUGAAGGAGACUCAGAUGGGGGGAAGAAAGCUUUUGAAGAAAAAGGCAAGACGCUCUCUGCCCGUUCCAGUGAGAACCACGCUCAGAGGCGAGAAUCAGAGCCCAGUCUUAGUGAGGAGAAUUCCAAGGAAAUUAAGCCCGAAGCCAGAAAUAGCACCACUAGGUUAGAACCAGAAGCCAGUUCGAGUGGGAGGAACUCCAGGAAGAGAAAAAUCAGUUCCAAGGACAGUGGCCACAGUACAGCAGGCACUAGCUCCCUAGAUGAGCGCAGCGCGUUCUCCGGAAAGAAGCCGAGGAUCUCAGCGUCUGUGCACAGCAGCGAGAAGCCGGACACCCCCAGUACUCCCCCGAGGGUCCGCACCAGGCACAGGAGGCCGCCCAGAUCUCGCUCCCCAAGAGACCACACACCACCACUUCGGAAAUGUCUGGUGACCUCCCUGCGUGCGAAGUCCGAGGCCAUCUAUCACGACCUAGCCCAGCUGUGGGCGCAGCAGGCACGUUCUCCCCUGACCUCGGAGCAGCUCGCCCAGCUCGCCCAGCUCCAGGAGCCUCUGUGCGCCAUGCUGCAGACCUUCUAUGCCAUGUCCGCCCAGGCCGCCUACGGCUUCCCUGCCGAGCCCUGGCUGGUGCCAGCCGCGCGGGCUGAGCCUGGGGAUUCAGUCCGGGAUGGAGAAGCCCACAGCUCCUCCUAG